AUGAAUACAGAACAUCUUGAGAAUGUGCAAUCGGAAACUAUACCUAUAACUAAUGGAGAAAGUGUAUCAAAACGAGCAAAUCGUAAAUUGGAUCAGUAUUUAAAGCGUAAAGAAGCAAGACGUGUAACAAGGAAAGCGUGUAAAGAACGUCGUAAACUUCGACAACAACAGCAGCAGCAACAACAACAUCAACAAUCAUCUUGUGUUGUUGUUCAUGAUGUGAAUAAUGAUACUUGUAUAUCGACAGAAAAUAACCUUUCAAUUCCAAAUGAUACUUUUACUUCACACAAAAUUCAACGUUUAAAAAUGUCAGAAUCAUUGUGUCAAACUAAAGUUGUCAUUGAUUGUGCAUAUGAUCAUUUGAUGUCAUUCAAAGACAUUUGUAAAUUGGCUAGUCAAGUUGCUAAUUGUUAUUCUAUCAAUAGACGUGCCAAACAUCCAGUUCAACUUUAUAUCACCGGUUUAGGUUCCAAUAACACCACAGAGAAUAACGUCAACAAUAAAGAUAAUUUGUUAGCUGUAAAUAAAGGUAUAUCUACCCGCGUAUAUGAUAGAUUAAAGUUAAGCAACUGUGACAGUUGGGAUGUGAAUCUAUGUGAGGAUGAUUUUACUAAACUAUUUUCAGCUGAUAAAAUUGUUUAUUUAUGCGCUGAAUCAGAAUAUCUUCUACCAGAACAUUUUAAUACCAAGUACCAAACUAAUGAGACUAAUCAAUGUACUCAAGAUGAUAUUUAUGUUAUUGGUGGUUUAAUUGAUCAUAAUAGAUUAAAAGGAUAUUGUUAUCAACAAGCCAUUGAACGUGGUUAUAGAACAGCUAGAUUACCAUUAAAAGAAAUUAAUUUACAUAUUGAAGGUCGAUUUGUAUUAUCUACUUUACAUGUAUUUCAAGCAUUAUGUCCUGUAUUAUCCGGUACAAAAACUUGGUUAGAUGGUUUAAAACAAGCAAUACCACCAAGAAAGUUAUUGGUUUGUAUAUAAUUCAAUUGAUUAUGUUUUGAUUUAUUAGAUAUAUUCUCCACUUCAAAUAAUGUUCCCGUUAUUUCUUUUUUUCUCUCUCAAAUAUUUGAAAUGAGAUAGUUACACUAACUGAAUAAAAGCUUCAUCUGAUUUAAUGUUAAUACCGAAAUCUACAAUCAGUCAGUCAUCUACAACGUAGGACCAGGCUCAUAUGUGCAUAGAUCAAAGUUGCCAUACCU